AUGUAUAAAUGUUCUUUAAAUUUUGAGGAUAAAAAAUUAGAGGAUUAGUUUUAAAAUGAGAAACUAUAAAAGAUAAGAAAACCUGUAUAUUAUGCUACAUUUAUAUUUUUUGUUUUAAAUGGAAUGAAAGCUAUUUUAGAAUUUGUAAGAGGGACAAGCUUUUCAUCAGAAAUUAAUAUUGGUUUUGUGAUAGUUUAAACAAUAAUGGCAGUGAUGGUGUUCAAAAACUAAAGUUAUAUAAAGUAAGCAUUAGUUAUAACUAAUAUAAUGUCUGGAUUUUUACAAAUGAAUUUUAAUGAAGAGGCUACUGCAAAGUAAGAGUUCUAUUCUUUUGGGAAUAGUUAUGCUUUAUUUUAAGCAAUUGGUUAUUUUAUUUCAGAUUUUAGAGAUGGAGUAAUAUAAGCAAUUAGUCAUUUAACAACAAAGAUAAUUAUUACAAGUAUUCAUUCAAAAAAAGUGGAUCCACUUUGUACAAGUUUGGCUAUAACAAGUACUUUUUUUAUAGUACUUACAAUAUAUGUAAGUGAUUACAAUUAUAGAAAAUAAUUUCUAGCUAAUAUUUCAGAUGAUGUUUGGGAUAAGUAACUUCCAUUUUUGGUUAAGAAGCCUUAUAUAAAAUUCACUCAUAAAAAUACAUAUUUUAAUAUAACUAGUUGUAAUUUGAUUGAAAGAUUUGCUGGUUAUAAAAGUGAUUAUUGUUUUGGAUGUAAUGCAAGAGAAUUUUUAAGUGAAACUAAAGUCAACAAUAUAUCUCUUUUAAAUAAACUUCUAAGUGAUACUAUUACAUUAAAUACUGAUAUUGAAGCUCAUUUAAAAUGUUUUAGAUUUAAUAUCAGGGUUUGUAUGUAUGGUUUUGAAAAGAUGAAUAGAAUAGUAAUUUUAGAAAAGGUGAUGACAAAAGAGAAAGGCAAGUAAUUUUCAUUUGAAUUUCGAAAGGAUUUAGUUUAAACAUUAAAAUAAGGUUAAUAAAAAUUUCAGUUUUUGUUAUUCUAUAAUUGGGGAAUAUAAUCAUGUUUAUUGAUCAACAAUAAGUAUAUUAAAUAAAUAUCUUUGAUGGAUGUGAUUUCAAAAUUAAAUAAGAAUUACAAAAGGUAUUUGUCUCCUAUAAGGAUUAUUUCUAUCAGCAAAUCUAAAUUAUAAAUUAGAACAUAUUCAAAUUUAAUAAAAAUCUAUUUAUUUCAAAUAUAUCAUAUUCUGAUAAUUACUUAACCAAGAUCUAGAGAUUAUAUAGAUGCAUUUGUGAAAGAGAGUGAGGAAUAUAUUGAAUUCCAAUUAUAAUUAAGGGAUGUGAGAGAGUUUUGUGAUCAUUAUUCCAAAAACAUUUUCGUUCAUCAAAUUGAGAGAGUAAUUUUAUGGGAGAGAGUGAAGGAUGAUUUAAAAAUAUAAUUUAGUAAAUAAAUUUCAUUUAAGUGAA